AUGUCGUCUGCAGCAGGUGGUGCGGCCGCGGCCCUGUCCAAGGACCUCGCGCGUUCUUUCCGGUGGAUGCAGGCUUUUGCCGCCGUUAAGGGGCAGCCAACUGCGGGAUCUUGCGCCGCCGGAACUGCUGUGGUGGAUCCUGCACGCCCCGGCCGUGUGACGCUCAAGGGGCGCUACACGAACUUUUCCCUCCAGCACAUCUGGGAGAAGUACGACUACCUGCAGACGCACCUGCUUCUGAGAGAAUGCGUCCUCUCUCAGGUCGCCAAAAACCCGGCGCUCAUGGACCCGGAGAUCAAUGCUGGCCUCACGCCGACGGUCUUCACGCGCGUGCCAGCGGCUGGUCAGCCGAAGGCGCCCGCAGCGCCAAGCAAGGCUCACUGA